GAGCAAGAUGAGACAGUUUCACAAAAUCAGUCUCCUGUAUCAACACAUCACCUCGGAGGACCUGUGGAUGAGAUUGAUCUACAGACCAUAUUGAAGAAAAUGGUCAGCAGAGUUGAUGUAAGCUUCUGUCCAACAAGCAACCAAAUAAAUGUGUGCAGGGAUAAUGUUUUACUGUGUAGUCUGCGGGCGUUCAAGCGUAGGUUCUUCAACCCUGAAGCAAAAUUGGAUGUUGUGUUUGUGGAUGAAGAUGACAAUGGUGAAGGGGCAAUUGACGAAGGCGGACCGACAAGAGAGUACCUAAGGCUGUUGAUGAGGGCUGUCCACCAGUCAAAUAUCUUUGAGGGACAUGAGAAAGACCGGCAGUUGUCUCUUGAUACUCAAGCUUUGCAGACACAACUUUACACGUGGGUGGCAAAAAUGAUUGCUGUGUGUGUGGUCCAUGGAGGAGUCGGUCCACACUUCUUUUCUGAAAGGCUUUUCCAUCAAAUCUGUGGGAUACCAACACCCCCGGCCACAGUGGAUGAAGUUAGUGACCAUACUUUGAGGGAACAGUUAAUAAAAAUACAGGAAGCACCAACAGUCCGAGAGGCGAACGGUGCAAUUGCAGAGGCAGCAGAUAGUCUCAGCAUUAUAGGUGCCUUAAGAUAUGUAUCUAGUCUGGAGGAGAAGGACUCCCUUGUCCAGUCAGCUGCAGACUUCUUCAUCAAUGGAAGAUUGGCGACUGCCCUAGACCAGUUUACAGAGGGGUUAAAAACCCUUGGUUUACUGGUGGAGCUGAGGAAGAAUCCGGCAGUGUUCUACAACAUGUUUGUCAGUGAGGAGAUUCCACUACAGGCGAAGGACCUAUGCACUUUAUUUGACGUGGACUUCUCUGUGCAGGGCAGCAACAGGAGAGCCAGAGAAAACAUGACAAUAUGCUUUUGGCGUGACUGGUUAAUUGAUAUUGAAAAAGGAGAAUGCAGUCCAGUCACCCUAGAGAAUGUAUUGGAGUUUACAUCAGGAGCCUCAACAGUGCCUCCACUGGGAUUUCCAAACCGUCCACAAAUUCAGUUCCUUCAUGAGGGGAACAGAAUCUUCCCAGAAGCAAAUACUUGUAUUCUUGUACUCCGCCUGCCGCUGCACUCUUCCUAUGAAGCCUUCAAACGAUACAUGAUUGAGGGAAUUUUGCAAGCUCCGACCUUUGGACUUGUAUGA